UCUAAACAGAAAAGUCAAAAAUUUUGGCUUUUUUUGGUUGUAGCAGUACCAUUAUAUAUAAGCUAAGCCUACGUUAUGUGAACUUGAAGCUCGUAUUUUGUUAGAAUGAGCAAACACCCUGAAUAUGAGAGGGUGUUUAAUCACUUUGAUGAGAAUGGAGAUGGGAAGAUAUCCCCGGCGGAGCUUCAACAGUGCGUGAAGGCAGUAGGAGGGGAGCUGUCACUUGAAGAGGCAGGGGUGGCGGUGGAGGCCUUGGAUUCUGACGGAGAUGGAUUGUUGGGGUUGGAGGAUUUCGUUAGGUUUGUGGAAGAAGUUGGAGAGGAAGAGAAGGUGAAAGAUUUGAGAGAAGCUUUCAAGAUGUAUGAGAUGGAUGGGUGUGGGUGUAUCACACCGAAGAGCUUGAAGAGGAUGCUUAGUAGAUUAGGAGAGUCCAGGACUAUUGAGGAAUGUGAAUUGAUGAUUGCUCAGUUUGAUCUCAAUGGUGAUGGAGUCCUCAAUUUUGAUGAAUUUAGAGUCAUGAUGUUGUGAUUUAAUUUUCUUUUCUUCUCCUUUUCUCUUUCUUUUUCUUCUUGCACUUGAUGGUGAUUCAU